AUGCACGCAUUCUCCAUUGUUACGCUCGGAAUCUUCGUCGCAGGAUACUCGACUGCACGCUGGGACCUCACUACUCGCUUCUACGAAUUAGCAAUCUUUGCUUGGGACCACGGAGUUGUCACCAGAGCUGCAAAGGGCUUUGCGAUCCUGUCGUUGUUCUUCUUCCUGCUUGCACUGCCUUUCGCACGCCUGGCAACCGAAGAGACAGACCUGCAUCCACGAGUCGGUACUGGCGGCAUCUCUGCGCGCGAGCAGCUCAAACGUCGAGGGUCGUUCUAG